GAUGGUUUACUUCACUGAUGCUGCUUUUUCGACCGCAUUUGACCCAAGAAUACUGUCGUAGCUCUUUAGGAGUUGUCGCCGAUAAAACGAGAAAACAACGGAGAAAUAUAUCUCUAUUACCCAGACUCGUCAAAUUUUGAGUUAAACUGCUUUAAAAUGGUCAGAACGGGGACAUAUGUUUGUUCGAACGUGCUGUUCUUAUUAUUAUUCACGGUGUACACAGUUCAGGUAAAUGGUGACAUAGUAAAGAAUCACACUAAGGGUUAUUGUGUAUGGUACGAUCAAUGUACAACUGGAGCCAAGGCGAAGAACUGUCUUUACAAUGGACCGGCCAAGAAUUUGACCAAUCCCGAGGGUGUGCAGAUAUUGAACAGUUUAUGCCCAGAAUUGAAGGGCCAACCUACUUGUUGUUCAACUAAACAACUGCAAGCGUUGGAUAAGAGUUUGCAAACAAUGAUACAACUUACAAGCCGAUGUCCCGCCUGUUGGAACAACAUGAGAAGGCUGUACUGUCAGCUGACCUGCAGUCAGGAUCAAUCGCUUUUUAUGGAUCCAACUCAGGUGUUGCCAUCCAAACCACAUUCUAUCGUCUUAGCAGUUGAUUAUUUUGUUUCACCUCAAUUCAAACAAGGCCUGUUUGACUCCUGCAAAGACGUCACUUUUCCCGGAAACAAUGAGAAGGUUUUGAGUCUUAUGUGUGGCACUACCGCCGAGCGGUGCACUCCAGAUAAACUUCUCGCAUACAUGGGAAACACAGGGAAUGGAUUUGCACCAUUCACCAUAGAUUUUCCUGAAAAACUGAUUGCAAACGUUUCAUGGAUGAACCAAACUGUUUUUAAGUGUAAUCAGCCAUUUGUGGACCCUCAAACAAACAGGACAGCAAGCCUUUGUAGCUGCCAAGAUUGUCAGCCCUCUUGCCCUGUGCACCCCACCAUACCACCGAAAGUACCCCCUACCAAGAUUCUUGGAUUGGAUCUUCUCUCCUUUAGCCUUCUCAUGGUCUAUUGUUUCUUGGUGAUAUGCCUAAUAGUUAGCUUGGUAUUCAAGUGUAUGAGAAGAAAUGAUUAUGCCACUGUGCCUGACCAUCCUCAACAGUACAACGGUGCUUACCCUCCAAUAUUAGGCUCCUUACCACAAACAGGGGAUUCUCGACCUAGUUGUUGUGAGCAGCUGGGUAGCAAAUUAGAGUCAUUUUUGAUGCGGUGGUUCACAAAAUGGGGUGUAUGGUGUAGCUCCCACCCAUUUUCUGUCAUGGUGGGAUGUCUUCUCGUCGUUGGAAGUCUUGCUAGUGGACUUGUCUGUUUCUCUGUCACUACCGACCCUGUAGAAUUGUGGUCUGCUCCAGACAGUACAGCACGUGAAGAGAAAGACCUUUUUGAUUCCAAGUUUAAGCCUUUCUAUCGCACGGAGCAGCUUAUGAUCCACUCGGCAGAUUUAGUCACCACUGGCUAUCAUCGCUAUGGAGAUGAAAAGUGGAUUCCCUUUGGACCAAUCUUUCACCUAGAUUUGUUAAAUCAGGCUUUAGAGCUUCAGAAUGAAAUCACCAACAUGAAAGUUCCCUAUGAAGACUCAAACAUCACGCUGCAAGAUAUCUGCUUUCAGCCUUUGGCCCCUCAGAUCCAAGUUUGUACCAUUCAAAGUGUCUUUCAAUAUUUUCAAAACAACCUAACCAAGCUGAACAAGUGCAUAACCAGUAUGGGUCAUAACUGCGAUACUCCCAAUAAUACGGACUUCUUUAAAGCUGAUUUCCAUGAUCAUAUACUAGUUUGUACAAGAGCACCAACCUCUGAAGAUGGCAAGUUGAACGAACCAUGCCUGGGUGCAUAUGGCGGACCUGUAAAUCCCAACAUUGCGUUAGGAGGCUUCCAUGAUGGUGCGUACGAAAAUGCUACAGCCUUGAUCAUAACCUUUGUUGUCAACAACUACAAGGACAAGAGCAAGCUAUCCAAAGCAAUGGCAUGGGAAAAGCAUUUCUUAGAGUUCAUGCACAAUUACACACAAAAUAGCUCUAAUAAAAACCUUACUAUAAGUUACUCUGCUGAGCGUGCCAUUCAAGAUGAGCUAGACCGUGAGAUUAGCUUGGUAUUCAAGUGUAUGAGAAGAAAUGAUUAUGCCACUGUGCCUGACCAUCCUCAACAGUACAACGGCACUUACCCUACAAUAUUAGGCUCCUUACCACAAACAGGGGAUUCUCGACCUAGUUGUUGUGAGCAGCUGGGUAGCAAAUUAGAGUCAUUUUUGAUGCGGUGGUUCACAAAAUGGGGUGUAUGGUGUAGCUCCCACCCAUUCUCUGUCAUGGUGGGAUGUCUUCUUGUCGUUGGAAGUCUUGCUAGUGGACUUGUUCGUUUCUCUGUCACUACCGAUCCUGUAGAAUUGUGGUCUGCUCCAGACAGUACAGCGCGUAAAGAGAAAGACCUUUUUGAUUCCAAGUUUAAGCCUUUCUAUCGCACUGAGCAGCUUAUUAUCCACUCGUCCUAUCCAGUCCCCACUGGCUAUCAUCGCUAUGGAGAUGAAAAAUGGAUUCCCUUUGGACCAAUCUUUCACCUAGAUUUGUUAAAUCAGGCAUUAGACCUUCAGAAUGAAAUCACCAACAUGAAAGUUCCCUAUGAAGACACAAACAUCACGUUGCAAGAUAUCUGCUUUCAGCCGUUGGCCCCUCAAAUCCAAGUUUGUACCAUUCAAAGUGUCUUUCAAUACUUUCAAAACAGCAAAACCAAGCUGAACAAGUGCUUAACCAGUAUGGGUUAUAACUGUAGUACACCAAAUGUUUCAGACUUCAGGGCAGCUGAUUUCCAUGAUCAUAUAAUAAUUUGUACAAGAUGCAUCUCAGAAAACUCAUCAUGGCUUAAACUUCCNCAAAAUAGCUCUAAUAAAAACCUUACUAUAAGUUACUCUGCUGAGCGUGCCAUUCAAGAUGAGCUAGACCGUGAGAGUGACACAGAUAUUUUUACCAUUCUGGCCAGCUACUUGAUCAUGUUUGCAUACAUCACCAUAGCUCUAGGACAGUUCAAGAGUUGUGACAGAAUUUUGAUUGACUCCAAAUUUACCCUUGGAUUCAGUGGUAUCUUGGUAGUGUUAUUCUCAGUUCUUUCUUCAAUUGGCUUUUGGAGUUUUGUUGGUGAGCCUGCAACCCUCAUUAUCAUUGAAGUGGUGCCGUUCCUUGUGUUAGCAGUCGGUGUGGACAACAUCUUCAUUCUUGUACAGGCAUAUCAGCGCCAGGAGCAGCAUGCAGAAGGAGAUGUGCCUCAUAAAAUUGGGCGUGUUUUGGGUGAAGUUGCGCCAAGUAUGCUUUUGACCUCAUUAUCAGAGUCUGUUGCAUUUGCAAUAGGCGCAAUGUCAACUAUGCCAGCAGUAAGGAUAUUCUCCCUGUACGCAGCAGCAGCCGUGUUCUUUGACUUCUUGCUCCAAGUUACAGCAUUUGUGGCCCUGAUGUCUCUAGAUGCCAAACGCCAAGAAAACAACCGCUUGGAUGUUUUGUGCUGCCUCAAGCUACCAAAAGAUGGCAGUGAAUCAGACCAUAUGAUUUGUGUCUAUACUUUCAUGAAGAACUAUUUUGCAGAAGGUUUACUUUCAGACUACUCAAGACCUACUGUGAUUGUCCUCUUCACUGGCCUUCUGUUUUCAAGCAUUGCUACUAUCCCUCACAUACACAUUGGCCUUGAUCAAGAACUAGCACUGCCUAAGGAUUCUUACCUUCUGAACUGGUUCAGGGACAUGAAACAAUAUCUACAUGUUGGUCCACCUGUGUAUUUUGUGGUGAAUGGAGGCUAUGAUUAUGAACACCCUUUAGGACAAAACAAGAUAUGUGGCUCAGCAGGCUGCGAGUCCUUUUCUUUAGUGCAACAAAUCUACAGUGCUUCACUGAUACCUGAGGAAUCCAAGAUAGCUAUGUCGGCAUCUUCUUGGUUAGAUGACUAUUUUAGGUGGCUUGAACCUAGCAGGGAGAACUCAUGUUGUCGUAUAAAGUACAAAGUUAAUGAGACGUGUUUCCAUACAACAUUAAUGCCACAUAACUCAACUAAUACAACAACUCCAGCACCUGCUGUCAUCUGCUACAAUGAAACUACACCUGUGGUACCGUUUGUCUUCUGUAAUGCAACAGUUGAUGAUGAUUUGUGCAAACCGUGCCUGAAUUUAAGCCAGCAAGGUGAAAGACCGACCCCCAUGCAGUUUGAUAAGUUCCUGCCAUUUUAUCUCAAGGAUAACCCAGAGACAAAAUGCACUAAAGGUUUUGUUUGGAAGAGUCAAUUAUUGACAGUCCCUUCCUCAUUUUUUUCUUUUCCAGCCUCUUACUUUAUGUCCUAUCACACAAUCCUGAAAACGUCACCAGAAUACACAGCAGCUUUGAAGAGCGCACGUGAAAUCGGGAAGAACAUCUCAAAGACACUUGGUGUGGAAGUGUUCCCAUACAGCGUAUUCUACGUUUUCUACGAACAAUACCUUACGGUUGUAAAGGAAACUUGGGAAAAUCUUUUGUAUUGUGCAGCUGCCAUCUUUGUUGUGACCUUCCUUCUCUUAGGAUUUAAUCUGGGUAUAGCGAUCAUAGUGACCUUUACGGUGGCUCUCAUCAUUGUAAAUUUGAUGGGUCUGAUGUACAUUUGGAACAUUUCACUAAACGCCGUCUCACUUGUAAACCUUGUUAUGGCGGUUGGUAUAUCAGUAGAGUUUUGCUCGCAUAUUGCGCGAGCGUUCACCGUCAAUUCUCAGCCCUCAAGGGUAGAAAGAGCUAAGGAAGCUGUAGCAAAAAUGGGCAGCUCAGUUUUGAGUGGAAUUACAUUAACAAAGUUUUCUGGGAUCUUAGUACUUUACUUCUCCAAGUCUCAAAUAUUUCAGGUAUUCUACUUUCGCAUGUAUCUCGGCGUUGUUUUGAUCGGCGCGCUACAUGGCCUCGUAUUUCUUCCUGUGUUUCUGAGUUACGUGGGCCCGAUGUCUUCGAAGUCAGUGAUGGUGUUGGAAUGCGAGUCGUCGUUAAGGCCUCAUUUCUUAGAGGGCACAGCGGAUGAUGAGAGGAAACCUUUACUCUACUCUGAUCGCGGUACAAUCCAGUGAUCUUGGACUGCCAAAUUUGCAAUUUUCAUUGCACUUGAUAUUUUUGUCUUCAUAUGGCAUAUCCUAAACCCCAUUAUAAUAACGCAAAAUUAAUUUAAGAAUAAGAAAAAAUGGCAAAUUAACAGUGAUCCGAAAGCCUUGAAGCUUUUGAAAGCUGUUUUAUGCGAGUGCUGUUUUUUGCACUUGAUGGGAAAACUGAAUAAAGUUCGUAGCCCUUUACA